CCCGGAUGAAGCGGUUGUCUAUAUAUCCCCGGCAGCUCGAGGCGGGUGUUGUAGUUCAAACCAAAUAAUCAGGAGGAAACUACCCGUUUUGCGCUGCGGUAUCGGGAAACUACUUGAAGAUUUUAAACAUGGCUGGUGGUAAAGCAGGCAAGGACUCUGGGAAGACCAAGACGAAGGCUAUUUCGCGCUCACAGAGAGCAGGGCUGCAGUUCCCAGUGGGUCGUAUACACAGACACCUCAAGUCCAGAACCACCAGCCAUGGCAGAGUUGGAGCCACUGCAGCAGUGUACAGCGCGGCUAUUCUUGAAUACCUCACUGCCGAGGUUCUGGAGUUGGCAGGAAAUGCAUCGAAGGAUCUGAAGGUGAAGCGUAUCACUCCACGCCAUCUGCAGCUGGCCAUUAGAGGAGAUGAGGAGCUGGAUUCACUCAUCAAAGCUACUAUUGCUGGUGGUGGUGUCAUCCCCCACAUCCACAAAUCUCUGAUUGGAAAGAAGGGCCAACAGAAGACUGUAUAACCUAAAAUGCUGUGAAGUUGUGCCAUCUCAGGACGAAGUCUGCAUCAAAUGGUUCAAUGUCUUAGUGUAGUACACCUUUAGGAGUUCUUUGUAUGGUUGAGCUUGCAUUUACUCACCUGGGGUAUUUUUUUAAAGUGGCUUCAAAGAAGCUCGUUUGUGUUUUUGCUUUUUUUUUUUUUUUUAAUUUUGGUGCUGCAGUUUUGUGUGUUCUGUUCAGUUUGCUUUUGUGGCAUUCCCAUGUUAAAGUGGUGUGUUUUAAUAAAACUCAAAGGUGUAUGGUGCA